CCCGUCUGCGGGGGGACAUGGCAGGAUUGUCAACAGAUGAUGGUGGCAGCCCCAAGGAGGACGUGGACCCAUUCUCCUAUGACUAUGAGACUGUCCGCAACGGGGGCCUGAUCUUCGCUGCCCUGGCCUUCGUCGUGGGGCUUAUCAUCAUCCUCAACGAUUCCGCUGCGGGGGCAGGAAGAAGCACCGGCAAGUUCACGAAGAUGAGCUGUAAUGAGAGAGCCAGUCAUGUCCACCAUUGCACCGGGGCCGCUUGGGAAGCGCUCCCUGAGCUAUAGGUCUUUGUACCCGGGACCGCCAGGCCCUCGGGCUGAAGGAAGCCCCGGGCUCCGCAUGACCCCUGGGUGGG